CGGAAGUAUUGUUUUUUAAAGGGACAGGAUCGUUUAAUGGGCGAGGGCUUUGGACCAACAGUCAAGCACAAAAUAGAAAGGCCCGUUGGCAGAGGUAGUUACAGGACGCGAAAAGGAGGAGAAAGGCCAUCAAAGCAGCUUGGUCGACCUUUGGAAACCAAUAUCUCGUAUCUACAAUUUAUUAUCCACAUCGGUCAAAUAUAUCUUCGUUACAUAGUAGGAUUUCAGCUCAGUUUGUCGUCGAUUAAGCAGAAGAUACUAAAAUCCCGUCUACUUUCUAUAUUAAGAUCAAACUCUUCGUCCAUAUAUGAUGGGAAUGUUAGUUUGCUGACUGCUGCAACCCUUGUCAUUGCGUUCAUAUAUUUGUUGUGGGGGAAGAAAAGAGAGACAGGCCCAUACUCCCUCAUUCCUUGCAAGUAACCUUUCAACUCUAAACUUCUCGAAGCAAUAACAACCACGACCGGAGAGUUUCCACAGACAGAAGGAAGAGACCAUCGAGGAGGAGAGGAGUUCCUAGAGAGGUUGUAUCUCUGGAAUGCCUGGUUCAGGAUGCAGCCAUUGAGCAGUUCACUCCUUUCAGGAGAAAAGGGGAGGCGUGAUUGGCCGCUGGCCUUACCUGGGUGGAGCCGUAGGGGGGAUAUUACCGAUUCAUUGGCACUUUCUGCAAGGCUCCUCCCACCUCACUGACGCUCCGCCCUUGGCCCUUCUUCGCUGCCUGUGUGUCUGGGAAUGCUGUUGUUGCAUCAGAGGGGCAGUGUUGGAGAUGGCCAAACUCAGGGGCUAAAGUCAGGGUCAAGGUUUAAGGGUCAACAUAACUCAAAAGCUGCAGUGGUGGAUGCAGACAGGCCUGCCACCAUAAGCUGUGCAUCCUAUGGUAAACAGCUUGUGUUAACUUCACAACUGACCCAUGGACUAUAGAGCCUUCCAUCUAUGAGAUGGGGAGCUAACUUUUCACUUUACAGCCUUGUUGCACUUGUUGAGACAUUCUAGUGUUUGUAUUAUUUAACACUGCACAACUUCCCCUAAAACAAUCACCUAGCACAAGCAAAGUCACUAUGCGUCACAUCCACGUGGAACUGGCUCACAAAGAGCCACCCGUUGAGCUUCCAGCCCAGGCUGGGAAUUUACCUCAGCCUGACACUCAGAGCGAAAGCCCCGAGCCUGGCGUGCGACGAUCAACUCCCAGGCCUUUCAGAGAAGAAGAGAUACGGCUGCAGAAGGUCUACCAGCUGUCCAUCCUCUCUCAAAGAGGCGGCUUUGGAGAAAAUCAAGAGACACCGCGACCGGUUAGAGUAGGCAUGAAGCGUGGCCUGGAUGGUGCACCGGUCCCUGUCGCCCACAAGCGUCUUUUCCAAGAGGAUGAAGAUGAUGAUGAUGAGUCAGAAGGGGAGGUGCUGUGUGGGUCUGGGGUGGAACCACUCUUCCCUAGUUCACUUUAUGAGCACAGAGACUCAGACAUACCUAGGUCACCUCCCCUUUCCCCAUCACAUCAAAUGAUACCUGGUCGCCGGCCUGCCCAGCACAACCACGACAGGCCCAUCCCGGAUGUAUUCGCCCCGCUCUCUCCGAAAUCUCCACCCAUGGUGGACCCCCAGGGACAUCACUCCACCUGGGGCCACUGUGAGGGGAGUCCUCCCCCCCUUACCCCUAGGACUGAGGCCUCUAUGGCUGGUAGUAUCCCAGCUGAUUCCAAAGACUGUCCACGGGAUGAGGGCCAUAUCAACAGUAAUCUUUCAGUGGAGGUUAAGGGAACGAUAUGCACCACAGAGAGCAGUUGGGCACCUGUCCGGUUUUCAACACCAGCUGAAGCUGUCGAAUGGGGGACCAGUUUCGAGUCUUCUCCUCCACCAUCAGAAAUUAAGACCACCUCCUCUUCUAAUGGACUGAGCUCUCCUGAGAAAACUCCAGUGGAAGCAAAUGGCCUGAUGUUGGGGUCAUCCACUGCCUGCCAGGUAAAGAAAAGACUUCUCUCACCCAGUGAUACAGGAGAGUCCUGUUCAGAGGACGAGGGGCCAUCCACAUCAAAACGCAGUCGGCUGGCACUAUUAGCGCCGGGACUUGGGUUAGCAUCCUGUCGCAGCACUGACGCCAAGGGUGCACCCUUCUGGAACCAUCUUUUACCAUCGGCAAGGGAGACCACAAAGACGGCUACAGACUGUUCACGAGCAGGAAGAAGGCUCAAAGCUGGCAGUCGUCUCAAAUCUCGACAGCUUCGCAGUGGACGUAGGACAGACACCAGUCGCUCCUGUAGUUCCAUCUCUUCUUUAUCAUCCAUAAGCAGACCCCUCCUUGGCAACUUUGAGGAGUCAAUCCUAAAAGGUCGUUUCACUCCAUCGGGACGCAUUGAGGGCUUCACGGCAGAGAUCGGGGCAAGCGGUUCCUAUUGCCCGCAACACGCCACCUUACCUGUGCAAGUUACUUACUAUGACACCUCAGAGCACAGCGCCCCUUCCCCUUUUCUGGGGGUAAUCCAGCUCGAGCCGCUUGGAAAGAAAGGAUACAGUGUACCCAAAGCAGGGACCAUUCAAGUGACCUUAUUUAACCCCAAUAAGACUGUGGUUAAAAUGUUUCUGGUGACGUAUAAUUUUGGCGACAUGCCCGUUAAUCACAUGACCUUCUUGCGCCAUCGUAUCUUCCUGGUGCCUGUGGAGGAGCCUGAGGGUUCAGGGGAGGGGCAAGAGGGCUCCUUGUCUGACAGGAAGAAGAUUCUUUGCUACUUGAUACACCUCAGAUUCCAUAGUUCCAAAUCUGGGAAAAUCUACUUGCACAAUGAUAUCCGGCUGCUAUUCUCCCGCAAGUCCAUUGAGGUGGACGCUGGGAUUCCUUACGAGCUGAAAUCCUUCACCGAGGUGCCAAGAAACCCCAAAUACUCCCCGAGGGUAUGAGGCAGCGAUGCCCUGCCGCGGUGGGGCUCAAAGACUGCAUUAAUAAAGACUGCAAGACGAAAGAACCAA